CUUUUUUGAAUUCUUAAUUUAAAUACGCUGGCACAGAGAAAAAAGGAGUACAGCCAAUAAAUCUAACAAACAAUUGUUUGUAGUUUUUGUUUUGUUGUGUUUUUAUUAAAUGUAAACAUAACAAAAUAUUACAAAAAAUUAAUAAAAACAAUAUAUUUAUAAUUUAUAUUAAAAUAUACAAAAAAUUAAAUGAAAAAUGGCUUUGCAAACGGCACAAUGGGGUGAAAGUAUUAAUGACUAUGAAGUAAUGAAUUUAUUAGGUAAGGGAGGUUUCGCCAGUGUUUACAAAGCGAAAUGUUUAAGAACCCAACAAAUGGUGGCCAUUAAAAUGAUAGAUAAGAAACUUAUACAAGGUCCUGCCUUGGCGAAUCGUGUGCGCCAGGAAGUGGAGAUACACUCACGUCUGAAGCAUCCAUCUGUACUGGAAUUGUAUACCUUCUUUCAAGAUGCCAAUUAUGUGUAUUUGGUAUUGGAAUUAGCGCAAAAUGGUGAACUGCAACGUUAUAUGAAGCAAGUAAUGCGACGUCCCAUGACUGAACCCGAGGCGGCCAGUAUUUUAAGCCAAGUUGUGGCUGGUCUUUUGUAUUUGCAUUCUCACCAAAUAAUGCAUCGUGAUAUAUCUCUUUCUAAUUUGCUGCUAAGUCAGGAUAUGCACAUAAAAAUAGCUGAUUUUGGUUUGGCCACCCAGCUCAAGCGGCCCGAUGAACGUCAUGUUACCAUGUGUGGCACUCCCAACUAUAUAUCGCCCGAGGUUGUUUCCAGAGCUUCACAUGGUCUGCCCGCCGAUGUUUGGGGCUUGGGUUGUAUGUUUUAUACUUUAUUAGUGGGUCAGCCUCCAUUUGACACUGAUGCCGUUCAAGCUACUCUUAAUCGUGUGGUCAUGUCGGAUUAUCAUAUUCCUUCGUAUGUGUCGUUUGAUGCUAGAGAUUUAAUUGACAAGUUGUUGAAGAAAAAUCCUGUUGAAAGAAUAAGUUUAGAGCAGGUUUUGCAGCAUCCUUUUAUGAAACGUUUUGGAUCGUCUACGGUGGAAAAUAUGGGUGUCAAUAGUACGAGCAGUUCUUUGGGUUAUAAUCAAAGUGCCUCAAGUUGUGAUAGUGGUAUCAUAACAUUUGCCAGCAGUAAUGCCUCCAGUACAUCACGUCCGCGUUCUACAGAUAAAUACUCUCGACGUCCUCCCAUGGCUCAAAUUUAUGAACAUCAAUCCUACGAACACCCAGCUCAAGAUAAUCUAUCCCAAAACAAACCAUUCCAGCCACACAUUACCACUUCUAACGCUGACAGUAUGGACUUAGACUGGAGAAAUCCUUCGUCACUUAGGCCCUAUGCUUCAAGUCCACAGUUUCAAAUGGAAAAUCAAGAAAAUGAUUUUCUACCUAAACCGCAAAUAAAUCAAACACCAGCAGUUCAAAAAACAAAUUCUUAUAAUUUGGAAUUACAACAACAGCAGCAAAAUAUGAUACCCGGCAUACCCACUAGUACAACAAACUCAACACGUUCCAACGAGGCUACUCCAAAGGUAAACAAUAAAGCUGAUAGCAACCCUGAACAUAUAUCAGUGCCUCCUUUAAAUACCAAACGUUUACUGCCCACCCGUUAUAAGACUAAAAAUGCCAUAAUGAGCAUUUUGAAACAUGGUGAAGUGGUGUUGGAAUUCAUAAAAUAUCGCGCUAAAUACAAUAGUGAUCGUAUUACUGACAUCUGUUGGAUUUCCAGUGAUGGUAUGCGUAUUAUAAUCUAUCAACCAGAUCCGGGAAGAGGCCUACCUAUAGCAGAACGCCCUCCAGAUUUACCCAACAACACCUCAGCUGAUUGCAUAUUUUCCUAUGACAAUUUACCUUCAAAACACUGGAAGAAAUAUGUUUAUGCUGCUCGAUUUGUGGGUUUGGUUAAAAGUAAAACACCUAAAAUCACCUAUUACAGCAGCCAGGCAAAAUGUGCCUUAAUGGAGACGUUAGAAGAUUUUGAGGCUUGUUUUUAUAGUGGCGCUAAAGUGACUAGGUCACCCAGUGAAGGCACUAAAGUUUACGAUAAACAUGGACGUCAACUUAAUCUUGAAAUGGAACUGUCACAAGCUCAACCUUUACUUGAGCAUCAACAGUCAUGUUUUGAUCACUGUCGCAAUGUUUGCCAGCUUUUAGAAUUGACUGAUCAAACGAGUUCUCAUUCAUGUUUUCCUCUGGUUUUAGGACGUCGUCCUACCACCGAUUUACAGCCACAAUCUAUAACGACCCAGAGACGUGAUCAAAGUAAUGUUUUAAUGUAUUCCUCUACGCCUAAGACUCAGCAAACGUCGUCCAUUAAUUUCUCUUUAAGUACUAUGUCGUCGUUGCAUUAUGAAAGUAAAACACAGCAGCAGCAACAACAGCAGCAGUUAAUGGCAUCGCAGCAAAAUGUUCCAAUUAAAAGAGUUACAGUGCAGGGCAUUGGAGUGGCCACAGAGCUUUCCCACGGAGUUGUACAAGUGCAAUUUCAUGAUGGUUCCCUCAUCUCCAUAAUACCGGCUGCCCAAGGAGGAGGCAUUACCUAUACCCAUACAACCGGUGUAUCCACACACUUUGGUCCCCAUGACGAUCUGCCACUACAAGUCAGAGAUAAAAUCACUCACCUGCCCACUAUUGAAAGGCUGCUCAAACAAACUAACAAUAGUGCUGCCCCAGUUGAAAAUAAUUAUCGUGUAAACCAUAAUUACGAUUAUGUAUGCAUGACACCAAAAACAACAGCACCAGCAAUAACAACAAAUCAUCAUCCCAUGAAGUUUUUUCGAUAAAAACUUUGGAAAAAUACAUCUUAAUGCCGGGCAUGACAAAGUUGAUAUAAGUUGGAAUCUUCAAUAGUUUUAUUACCGUUUUAAGGCAAUUUUACUAAUUGGAAAGAGUUUUAAAUAUUUAUAUAUAUUUUUUUUAAUUUAACAAGAAAACGAGGCUUAAAGCUUGUUGGGUUUUAAUUUAAAAAUACAAUUCUAUUUUGGAAAUUUUGUAUAGAAAUUUUAUUUGUUUUUUUUUUUUUUUUUUUUUUUAUAAUCAGACAGAAAUUAAACAGUUUAUAAUUAUUUU